GUUUACAAUCACAUUGAUCCCACUGCUCACUUCCGGGCGAAGUUUGUACCAUUCGGCCAUACCAUUAAAUUGAAAACAUAGCCUUUACAGAUCAUGGUUUUGGACGACUACGGAAAGAAAUCGGAUCUUCCGAUACACUCAUUCAAUCCAAAGAAGACUAAGCAAACGUCACCAUUGAAGAAAAUUGGGGCUGGAAUAGUUGCAAUAAUACUAUUGUGGUGGAUUUUUACACGUGGUGGAGAUGAUAACACAAAGCCUACAUUACAAGUCCCAGAUGAUACACACCAAGCCUUUGAGGUGACCAAGGAUGGUAUCACAGAGAUUGACCCAACGGAACCAGUUGUAGCGAAGACGGACGAAGAAAUCUACAAAGAAACAGUCAAUUAUUAUGACUUGGCUGACUAUACCGGGUCUGCCGAUGGACUGACAAAGGGAGAUGUAGUUCUCUUUUUGAUGCCGUUAAGAAACGCAGAAAACGUGCUACCAAUGGCAUUCCAUAACUUGAUGAACUUGACAUAUGAUCAUUCAUUGAUUGAUAUUGCAUUUUUAGUGUCUGAUUGUUCUCCAAACGAUCGUACAUUGGAAACGGUAUUUGAAUACUCAGUUGCAUUACAAAAUGGUACCCUUGUCGAUAAGUUAAGAGAAGAAGAAGAAUUCAAACAUUCACUGAAAUUUAAAGGUCUGUCUGAUCUUUUCCAGUUGUACAUGGAUCAAGAAUAUGUCAACAAUGUAAAGAAGGCUUAUAAUAACCCUGAAUCAUAUCAUGCUAACUACCGCCAACCAUUCAGAUCUGUAUCAAUUUUCAAGAAAGAUUUCGGUCAGGCAAUCGGACAAGGGUUCUCUGAUAGACAUGCUGUCAAGGUCCAAGGUAUUCGUAGAAAGCUUAUGGGUAGAGCUAGAAAUUGGCUCACCAGUAAUGCAUUGAAACCAGAUCAUUCAUGGGUCUAUUGGAGAGAUGUAGACAUUGAAACCUGUCCAGGAACUGUUCUUCAAGAUUUAAUGAAGCAUGAUUAUGAUGUCAUGGUGCCGAACGUUUGGAGACCAUUGCCAACGUUUUUGGGUAAUGAACAACCAUAUGAUUUGAACUCUUGGAUUGAAUCAGAAGCAGCUGUGGAAUUAGCUAAAACAUUGGAUGAAGAUGAUGUCAUUGUGGAAGGGUAUGCAGAAUAUGCUACAUGGAGAGUACAUUUGGCGUAUAUUAGAGAUAAUAGAGCUAGUCCUGAUGAAGUCAUAGACUUGGAUGGUGUUGGAGGAGUCUCUAUUUUGGCAAAGGCCCGUAUUUUCCGUAGAGGUGUUCAUUUCCCUGCAUUCACCUUUAUGAAUCAUGCAGAGACUGAAGCAUUCGGAAAAAUGGCUAAAGAAAUGGGAUUUAAGGUUGGUGGUCUUCCACAUUAUACAGUAUGGCAUAUUUAUGAACCAAGUGAGGAUGAUCUUAAGGCAAUUGCUAAGAUGGAAAGAAAGAAAAGAAGAGGUGGAAAAUAGUUUAAUAUAUCAAUAGUUCC